AAGGGAGAUAUGGGAGAAGGUGGUCAAUAGUGCUCUAGGCUUCUUUAUGAUGUCACCUUUCAACAUCACCAGUUUGAACUUACAAUACUUAAGUCCUGGCAAGUCAUAAGUGGGGAAAAUGUCUCUCCCAAGAUUCCAAAGAGUAAACUUUGGGCCAUAUGAUAAUUACAUUCCAGUCAGCGAAUUAAGCAAAAAAUCAUGGAAUCAGCAACACUUUGCCCCGUUAUUUCCCAAACCACAACGGCCAGGAACCAAAAGGAGAUCAAAACCUUCUCAAAUACGGGACAAUACGGUUUCUAUAAUUGAUGAAGAACAAUUAAGAGGAGAUCGUAGACAACCAUUAUGGAUGUACCGUUCUUUAAUGAGAAUUUCUGAGAGACCAUCUGUUUAUUUAGCUGCCAGGAGGCAGCCUCUCAAACCAACUUGUACUGUCGAGGUGGAUUCUAAAGCAGCAGAAAUUGGUAAGAAAGGUGAAGACAAGACAACACAGAAGGACACAACAGAUUCGGAAUCAGAAUUAAAACAAGGAAAAAAAGAUUCAAAGAAAGGCAAGGAUGUAGAGAAAGGAAAAGAAGAAAAGCUAGAUGCAAAGAAAGAUAGCAAAAAAGGUAAAAAGGAUGCAGAGAAGGGCAAAGACUCAGCUACAGAAUCUGAAGAUGAAAAAGGAGGUGCAAAGAAAGAUGACAAAAAAGAUAAAAAGGAUUCAAAGAAAGGCAAAGACUCGGCAACAGAAUCUGAAGAUGAAAAAGUAGGUACAGAGAAAGAUAGCAAAAAAGGUAAAAAGGAUUCAAAGAAGGGCAAGGAUUCAGGCAUAGAAUUACAAGCUGUAAAAGCAGAUGAAAAGAAGGAUGAGGAUGGAAAAAAAGAUGCAAACAAAGGUGAUGAAUCGAAGGAUGCCAAGAAAGAUGCAAAGGAGUUUAAAAAAGGUAAGAAAGAUAAGAAGAAGCCCAGUAGUACAGACAGUGACUCAAAAGAUGAUGUCAAGAAAGAGUCUAAGAAGGACGCCACGAAAGAUGCCAAGAAAGUUGCCAAGAAAGAUACUGAGAAAGAAUCUGCUGAUUCAAAGAAGGAUGAAAAGAAAAAUGCUAAGAAGGAUGCAAAGAAGGAUGCAAAGAAGAAUGCAAAGAAGGAUGAAAAGAAGGAUGCAAAGAAGAAGGGCAAGUAGGCCUUGGAUAAGAAUUUGAACCGAAAGAAUAAUUCAGAAGCAUAUUUGAUGAAACAAUAGUGGUAGUCUGCAGCUGAAUUUGUGAGAAAAAAAGAGGCCUCAAAGAAUUAAAUAAUUUUUAAAAGGUGGUAAAGAAGGAUACAAAGGAGAACUCAGCAGAGAUUUAUAAAAAUAUAUAAGAAAGAUGUUAAGAAAAAUUAAGGGGGGAUCCAUUGAAAGACUUGAAGAAUACAUAUACUUAAAUUCGGGGAUAUGAAGGAUUCAAUGAAUGAUCUCUAGAAAGAUUUAAAGAAUAAUAUUCAGAUAAGGAUGCUGAAGAUAAUGACACUAAAUCUAUGGACACACACACACACACACACACACACACACACAGUUUAAUGAAGGCUUAAAAAAUCCAAGGAGACAGAUGUUGUAUCUAUAGAUUUAAAAUAAUCUCAAGCUGCAUCCACAGAUACGAAGAAAUAUAGGAGCCAUGAAAUGAAGUUAAACACCUUGUAGAAAGCCUACUUUCAAGUAAAUAUAGCAUUCCUUUGGCAAAAAGAAAAAAAAAAGUAAAAGAAAAGAAAAAAAAUAUAUUACCACCCGAUGAGCCUACGUCUUUCUUUCUGAAGUUUAAACAACCACAAUCAUGUUUAUGGUUAUUGGAUGUGCCACUUCCAAUCCAAAAGAAGCACACUUGUCUCGCUCUGUUGCCCUGGCUGGAGUUCAGUGACAUGAUCUCAGGCUUACUACAGCCUCCACCUUCAGGUUCAAGUGAUUCUCCAGCCUCAGCCUCUCUGGUAGCUGGGAUUACAGGACUACCGUGAAGAUGGAUUGGACAUUACACCACACUGGAAAAGUGAAACAUCUCAUUCAGUUGGUGAUCUUCCUGUCAUGAAAGUUGCUUGACAGCUCUAAUUACGAAUUGAACACAUUAAACACCUGGUGAAAUUAUCAAUUAAAAA